AUGGUACAAAAUGCAUUUGUGCAGGAUAUGUUUGUCCCUGAUGGUUCGGCAGAUAGGAUUUAUGAGGCAGUCGUGAAGACAGUGAAUGAAAAGGAACUUGAUUGUAACAAGCUUGGUGGAGUGGGCACUGAUGGUGCCUCUGUCAUGACUGGUCGGGUGAAUGGUGUCGUUACAAAAAUGAAGGCUUUAGAGCCAAACAUCAUUGCAGUUCAUUGUGUUAAUCAUAGGCUUGCCCUUGCAAGCAAGGACAGCUUUGGACAGAUGCCAGUUCUUGUCAAUUUAGAAGAAACAUUGGAGGCCCUCUUUAAGUACUAUAACUACAGUUCUAAGAAAAAAGGUUCAUUGGAACAGUUGCAGACUUUACUUACUUCAGAGGAAAGAGGACGAGCUGUGACAAUCAAGCAUGCAGCCCAUACUAGGUGGCUGUCACAUGAUGCAGCCGUAGAUAGUGUGAGAAAGGCAUAUGAUGCCAUCCUUGUUGACCUUGAAAGUGAGGUGGUAAAGCAAACCACUGGAGAAGCUGGGGCCAAGGCUAGUGGUCUGAAAAAGCGUAUGAUGCAGUACAACACACUGGCUUGCAUUUUGCUGUUGGCUGACGUGCUUCCAAGACUGGCCCAACUAAGUCUGCAUUUUCAGAAGGAAAAGUAUGACAAGGUGGCGUUCGAGAUACGGAAUAAGUUACACGAGGCGGAGAACUCAAGAAUGAAACAGCGGGAAGAGGAAGCCAGGCGAGAUGAAGAGAGAAGUAAGGAGGAAAAGAGUCAGCUGGUGGAAGAAAGGGAGAGAUUAAGGAAGGAGGUGGCUCUUGAGGAGGAUGAAGCGAGGGAGGCCUUUGAAAGAAAGCGCGAGGACGAGGAAAAAGUCAGGAGAUGCGGCGACUUCAAGGCACCGAGGAAAAUGAGAAGCUUAGCCCGGGAGAGAAAGAGAGCGCAACGAUUGAGGAGACGACUGAAGGAAGGGAAAUUGGCGGGUAAAGAGGCCGAAAAGGCGGAGGUAAAGGAACGCACACAGAAGACGGUAGAACCAACGAGAAUGGAGGAGGCUGAGAUGAAUCCACAAGUAGAGUAA